UUUUUAACAGUAAACUAGAGCCACAGCUCAGUUACUAAGAAAUUUGUCUUUAAAUUCAAGCAAAAUAUACACCCACUGCUCAGUUACUAAGAAAAUGGCUUCAGCAUGCAUCAACCACCUUGCAGCCCAACCCUUGUGGAUUCUUCUAGUCUCAUCUCUUGGCUUUCUCUCCUUCCUCAAUCUCUCCCUCUCUUUUCUCAACUGGGUAUAUGCAACAUUUCUCAGGCCACCAAAGAAUCUGAGAGAAAAAUAUGGCUCUUGGGCGCUCAUCACAGGAGCCACAGACGGUAUAGGCAAAGCCUUUGCUUAUCAACUAGCUCAAAAAGGUCUAAACCUAAUACUAGUGAGCAGAAACCCCAGCGAGCUCAAAAAUGUCUCAAAUGAAAUCCAAGUAGAGUCUCCAGAUAGCAAGAUCAAGACUGUGGUGUUUGAUUUUUCCAGGGAAAUGCAAAGUGGGAUCCAACUUAUAGAAGAGGCCAUUAAAGGGGUUGAUGUGGGUGUUUUGAUAAACAAUGUGGGUAUCACAUAUCCUCAAGCUAGAUUCUUUCAUGAGGUGGAUGAGCAAGUUUGGAUGGAUAUAGUUAGAGUGAAUUUGGAGGGCACUAGUAGGGUUACAAAAGCAGUUUUGCCAAGGAUGCUUGGAAGGAAAAGAGGUGCUAUUGUUAACAUUGGUUCAGGAGCUGCCAUUGUUGUGCCUUCACAUCCUCUCUUCACCAUCUAUGCUGCUACAAAAGCUUAUAUUGAUCAAUUGUCAAGAAGCUUGUAUGUGGAAUACAAGAGCUGCGGGAUUGAUGUGCAGUGUCAGGUGCCACUGUAUGUUGCAACGAAAAUGACAUCAAAGGUGGCAUCGAUAGAGAGAUCAUCAUUGUUUAUACCAUCGGCAGAAGGCUAUGCAAAAGCAGCUAUCCAUAAAAUAGGGUUUGAAGGACGGUGCACACCCUACUGGCCUCACUCCAUUCAAUGGUUCUUCUGCCACCUCCUUCCUCACUCUCUUCUUGAUUCUUGGCGUCUCUCCAUUGGCAUCCGCCGCCGGGGGAACAUUAUUACUUGAUUAUGUCUAUAUAUAAUCUAUAUAUUAUUAGAUAAAAUUAUUAAUAAUAAUUACAAUCUUUAGCUUGUACUGUAGGACUUGUUGGCUGCUAUUUUUAAACUAUACGCAUUAAUACAUAUAAGCUUAAAAAUAUGAAAUAAUAUAUAUUUUUAAUAUCAGUUGGACAA